AUGGAACGAGGUGCUAAGAAGUCAUCAGCAUUCCUUCUUCAACAUGGUAUGUCAGCAAAUUUAAACGGUAGUUUUUUACGAACACUGGCGCUAGCUAGCUGAACAAACAUUUUUACUUUUUCAGCCCUAGGGCAGGGGACAGCUGAAGAUUUCUUAUAUGACGUUGACCUUGAUGGCAGCUCCCUUCUCCAUCUGGCCGUGAACAGCGGUGUUCUUGCGGUAAGCAUGCCUUAACGUUCUGUGCUACAAACAUAGCAAUCAACAAGUAACUAUUCUUAGAAAAUUACAGAGCAUGCGCAGUUGCCUUUGGUAAUGUUUCCUUUCAUUAGAUUAAAAAAGUGCCGCGAGAUUUUACGCCAAUCACACAGGGAAGGGGAAUGCAAACAAGCAUUAGCUUUCUCGUGGAUUUCUUAAAUUUAACGCUAUCCUGUUUCAACUAUAUUUCUCCUUUUAGGUUGUCGAGCUCUGCGUUGAAUAUGGCGUGCGCAUUAGACAACCGAGGGUAAGAUAUAAUCAUGUGUCAACAAAGCGUGUACGAACUAAUACAGUUUUUGUGGUGAUAGUCUUAUGAUUAACAUUUAAAUUGUUUAAUUUAAAGGAAGAAUCAUUUCUAGCAGCCCUUUAGUAUGCUAAGGACGCUCUUUUUUCCUGUCAGUGACAUUAAACGAUUAGGAACUAAUGAGCUCUGCCAACAGAAGUCGGGACGAUGACUUGUUACUAGUUCAGGUAACCCUGGUCAAAACAUCUGGGACACUUAAGGAAAUUAGGCGCGAAGAUCCGCGUACACUCUGAUUGCUAAAUCAACUCGUAUUCCACUUCUUAUCAACUCUUUGGUCAAUUUCUGCUGUCCCUCUCUCCCCCAAGCAAUGUUGAUUGUACUAAAAAAGACUAGCAUGCAUAAGAUUAACACUGCAUCUAGGAGAGGGGUAGAGAAAAUGCGUUGCGUUAGAGUUCCUAAGUGUUUUGACCAGGGUUGAAGGUUUAUGUGACAUAUAUCCUCUAUACUGCAAGGACUGGAAUGUUGACAUAUUUUCGAUUCGUACACAGAGACUUGACAAGGUAACAGCAUUUCAUAUGGCUUGUGAACUGGGAUCAAUGCCAAUAGUGGAAUAUAUGGUUAGCAAGGACCCCGCAGUCUGUAGAAUAACCCUUGUUGACUACAGAGGAAUGACACCACUUCAUUUGGCUGCCAGUAAAAACCAAGUCCAUGUCGUCGAGUUUCUUCUUGAAAAAGUAAGUAGCUAUUUCUUUAUUGGUAGAUAUAUUUUUGGUGAUGAUCAUAGACUCCUGCGAAAUCUUUUUGUGGAACUCAGAAAACCGUGAGAUCUACACAUAUUUUUGGAAUCCAAAAAAGAACGCUAUCGUGCGUGAUUAGAAUGACGAACAGCAUGCAGCAACAGUAAUUCGUCGAUGGUUUUGUCGUUUUCUUGGGUGAACUGUAACUUAGAUUGGCCGUGAGAGUAAAACGUAUAGAGGCGUAGGGUGGAUUUCUACUGUCGCGUAAUUUUUACGUGCGUGGGCACGUAAACUUUACGCACGUGAAUGAAAUAGAGGCAAAGUAUAAAAUCCCGCGCGUAAACAUUAAAUUUAGUUGAGCGAGGGUUUCAACUUUUGUGUUUUACGUGUGACCUUCCAUACACUGCCUCUAUUUUAUUUACGGGCGAAAAUUCACGUGCGUAUCCACGAACAAAAUACGCGACAGUGGAAGUCCACCCUAAGGCAUGAGGUUUUUUCUACCCAUAUUCCAUCAAUAACUGUCCUGUAAGUUCCAUGUUAUUGCGGCGGUUGUUUUUACUGCGAGUUUAUAUGGAUUUCUUGCGUGAAGUUCCAGCGAUACAUUUCAAAAUCUGUGCCACUAAUCGCAGGAUCCUUUAAAAUAUAUUUUUACAGAAGUCUUUCCGUUCCUGCAAAUAACAUCAAAAUCUCAAUCAAGCUGCUGUAAGGUAGUAGCGAGCUAAAUCGUGAGUAGCCUGCAAAGACGAUUAGACGAAAACUGUUUGUAGGUACUCGUUGUGAAAGGCUUCAAUAUAAUUUUUAAAGGCUGUUUAGUUGGUUGUAAAAUGCUACUUCCUUUUUGUAAUUGUACGUGCUGGUUAUACAUAACAUAUACAUAAUUGAACAGUGAUAAUCAGCAUGUCGCGAGGGGUGCCGGACAAAGAAAAAAACUUUAACACACCGACUGGGAUCGAGCCUAUGACCUCCCGCACACCGGGGGGGUAGGGGAUAGGGGGGGAGGGGGUUCGCUCUAUCAACUGAGUAACGGUCAGGCUCAUGAGGAGCAAGGCCAUAUACUAGGUUCAUAUUUGACACGUUUCCUUCAUACUGCCGGGAUCAGCAAUGUUCAGAGCCCGCUACCGCAUAAAGUAAAGAAGGAUGGUGAAUUUACGCUAACCUAACUAAUCUGUGUCCUUGUUUUCGUACUCAGGGAGCCGCUGUCGAUCCCAAGUCGGACGAAAGACGCACUCCUUUAUUCCGUGCUGCUGAUAAAGGAGCGGCUGAUGUUGUUAAACUUCUUAUGGAUCGUGGUGCUGACGUCACCAUCCGGGACACUGAGCUCCAGUCUGUAUUACACGCAGCUGUCGGUCAUCCUCGCGCAAUGGAGGUCCUUUUACAGGUAAGGCUUCCUCAUAGAAAGACCAGCAGCAUUCCGUGGGGUCAUUCUCGUGCUAUCGAGGGUCUCCUUACGGCAGACAAGGAGUAGUCAGAGUCAUGACCAACUAACUGCAUUCAUAUUUUGACAAAGUUCACGUCAACAUUACUGUCAUUUGUCAAGGCUAAUUACAUAAUUAGGCACACGCCCUGUCUCCUUUUCUGCACCGAUGAAAUAGUGUGAAUCCCCGGCACUCCUCUGAUCUUUCUUUUAUGUGAAGAUAACCAAGAGCAACAUUCCUCAAUGUUAUAACUCAGAGUUUAAAUUCGUUAGAUAACAAUUAUUCACCGAAGUGGAGGUGGCUAGUCGUGGAAAUUUACCGAACUGCGAAGCAGUGAGGUAAAUAUCCACGACUAGCCACCGACACUGAGGUGAAUAAUUGUUUUAGUAUAUACUAAAACAGUGAGAUAAUUUAGCACAAAAAUGACGAUUUUCAACUCAAAUACUGUUGCCAACGAUUACAAUUUUGGCGCGUAAUGACCGGGCGGCCGCGGCCGUCGCUUUUUCUUGGCGACAAUUAAAACUUUUGAAGGCAUUUGUUUAGCUCUUGGGGGGAAAUUUCUUCAAAAGGAGUUGUGAAUUCCUUUUUGUAUUUAAAAUCAUUCUAUAAAAAAAGAUUAUUAAAUUUAGUUUUAAGCUUUUUUAUGAACAAAUCAACUAACUAAAGUAACAAGACUUAAACUUAAUUUGCAUUUGUAAACAAAAAACUUUUUCACCGGUUUUAUCGAUAAAUUCGUGUCAAAAAGACAAAGCUUUACCUGUUAAAACUUCCAAUCCGAACUUCGUCACCUUCUUCGUGUAUUUCGGAAACAGCUUGCUUGAUUAGUUGUGAAAUUUCUUUGUUUGUUAACGGCAGCAAACCGGAAAGGCAUUUUGCUCGCAACUUACGCGAGUUCGGCGUCGCUCGCUCGGAGAAACUGGAGGUGAAUCAGUGAAUAGUGCAGGAUAUUCACUGAUUGAGUAGCCAAUCAGAGAGCGCAAAAAACACUAUCCACUGUUUUAGUAUAUACUAAAUAGACUUAUUCCCUCUCUGAACUUGAACUGAGGUCUUCAUUUGAAACCUUGUGAUGCUAUGAAGAAGUCCAGGUUAGAGCCUGUACUCCUAGAUUCGACAACGAUAAAAAAAAGCUUCGUAUCAAUCUCUCCAGAAAAAUAUCUUUAAAAAAGUACAAAAAUUCCUGGCUAGUAGAAAGCCAGUUUUCUUAAAAUUAUUGCAUCUUUUAACAAUUUCUAACCGUUGUCUACGUAACUUUCAGAGUCCUGCAGUUAUGUCACUCAUCACUGAGAAAGAUGUUCAUGGAUUCUCGGCUGUACACUACGCAGCCAAGAAAGGAGACAUAAAGGUCUGAAUUGAAAAGUCUGCAUGCCUAACCGCGACAGGGUUAAUACAGCUGUUAGAGCGUUGAUCUGCAAGAGCGAAAGGUCCCGGGUUUGUCAACGACUACUGACGUAAUUCUCUUUUCAAGGAAAACUGUUUAUCUGUUUUCGACCGGCAUCCAUAGCUUUCUGUUCAUGUUUUUUGUCAGUAAUUCAGCUCUGCGGCACAGAAAGUUGGUUUUUCGUUAUAAAAUGACUCUGCGAUUCAUAACUAAAUCCCCACUCUGUGGAGGCCUUGAGAUAUUGCUUUCUUGCUUAAUGCCUUUAAACUGACAUCGUGCGAGCUUAAUUGAUACAUUUCCCUCAGUUUAGCAAACAACAAAUAAAUACUCGGAUUCUAACGUUUUUUUUGCGACUUUGGAUCAACAGAAUCUGGAACUUUUAGCGGCCAAGAACAAAACAGCAGCAAGUGUGACGUCAGAUUCACUCGACACGCCUAUCCACGUGGCCGCUAAGUAAUCACCUUUUUUGAUAACAGUUUGUAUUCCCGCAUCUUACUGGAAAAGAUUUCUUUCACUCCAUAUGUAAAAUCAGAAUUGGGCAUGGACAGGUCAAAUUGCACAAUCACUUCUAACGUAAAAUUAAGAACGGAUGCAUCCUACAAACGCACUUACUUCUUUCUUUAGACUUUCUAAAAUGUCCUUUAUUUUUUUCGUGAUUGGCUGUGCCAUUUUGAAAAAGACCUUUCAUACCUUUUUGGCGCGAAAUUCACCGGUCGAAAAUUCCACGCGGUGACGUUAUGACAUUUGACAAAUUGGAGAGUGAGUUACAUUUGACACCAGUCCUGAAACAGCAUAUGUCAAUCAUUUUUUCCCGCUUGAAUUUCUAAUAUGAUUCAAAUCCAUUCAGGCGAUUUAAGUCGACCUCAAGACUUAAUUCAUCCCUCGCUCGGUCCCUGCGCGACCUCAUAAAAGCUCGCUUCUCUCGCUUUUAAGAAUUUAUAAGAGGUCGACACGUUACAAGUGUACCUUUUCUUUAGAUAUGGCUGGACCGAAGCCGUGGAAAAGUUGAUGGAUCGACAGAACGCGCGGAUAUUAAAUCUACAAAACAGUCAUGGACGAACACCUCUACACUACGCAUGCUCGGAAGGAAACGAUAUUACAACUGCUGCACUUCUGAAGCUAGGGGCGACUGUGGAAAGGUAUACAUGGACUGACAUUUUAUGCAUUAUCACAUGUCAGUAUAUUGAAUAAGUGAGAGAAACGAUAGUUAUCAAGCACCAUAAGACAAAACUGCUCAUUCGUCAUCAAACCCAAACACUUUUAUGACCAAUAUUCAAUCAAAAAAUGAAAGAACUAACUAGAAGAACUACUUAUGAGCGUAACAAUUUUGGACUAUAACGAAUCUCAAUAUUUGAGCCACGAUGCGCAAACACGUUGUGGUAAAUGGAAAAACCACAGAAAGACCUGCACUGUUGGUUAACUUAGAAAAGUUUCAGUUUAAGCUUCAUCCACAAAGUAAUCGUAGGGGUCAAUCUUUGAGUAUUUUGUUCAGAAAAAUGACACAUGUGACUUGGUGGUUGAUAACACCCUCAAGAUCCAAGCAUUUUUUUUGUUUCAGAGAUCAAAACGAUCGCUCUCCCCUUCACUUGGCCGCGCUCAAAGGUUCUGCACAAUGUUGUGAGGCAAUCCUUCAGAAAUUUGAUGACUGUGUCAACUGGACAGACAAGAAUAAGGUUUUUUUCUUUUUGCAUUUUACUUGAAAGUGGUAAUAAAUUAUUAGAAUAAGAUUAACUUUGUUUUAUGCCAAAUGAAUGCUGGAGAAAGAUUCAACAGAGGGAAAUUGUCAUUACCAAUAAAUACGAUAUUAUGACAUGUAUUCAGGAGAAUAACUUAUUAAAAAAAAUCAGGGAAAUUGAGCAUUCAAACCGGAAAGGCUAUGUCUACUGACAAAUUCAGGGAAACAGCUUUCUCGCCUUGGCUUUUGAAUAUGCAGAAAGUUACUUCUCUGCCCCUUUUUUUGGCGUACCUUCUCAGUCAGUUAUCCCUUUUAAAAGUUUCUUUACUAUAAAACAAGCUGCAACACGAUUAUUUCAAGCACUCCGCUCUCUGGAUAGACCCAAGUAGAAUGUUUGGAAAAUAUCCCAUUUUUCCGGUAUUGGAACAGCGUGCAGGAUAAUCGAACGGAGAUUCCGGAUUAUCGUUCGUACUCUUAUUCCAGAGUAAGGUCAAUGGAACGCACUAUAAAUAAAUCACACCCACAUUAUUAGUAUUAAAUAUUUAUUUGUCAUUCACAGAACACAGCUUUACAUCUAGCAGCCAUGUAUGGUCACGCCCCUGUCGUGACGUUACUGCUUUCGAAUGUAAAAUCUGAGAUCACGUUGAACAACACCAAUGAUAACAUCCUGGAUGCAGCUGUUAAAGAAAAGAGAAGUGCUGUUGUCAUGGCGAUUGCUGAACACGACAGGUACUACAAUGAUUACUAGCCUUGUGGUGCAUGUCUACAAAGUACUUUUGCCCAAGGGUUGAAAUAAAUUCGUCAGUGCAGAAAGCUUUGGGCACUGACUGAAUCAGCUUUUGAACUCAGGGAAACUGUAGACUGAGAAAUCUUCAGGACUGUAUAUAAAUCAUGAGCAGCGUUGUUUAACGGACUUUCCUUUAUUAACUUUGAAAAAUAAAUUGAGUUCUUCAUACUGUUCUUUCACCAAUAGAUGGAAAGAAAUUUUGACUAACUGCACUGCAGGCGUUGUUACAAUGCUACAGAAACUGGUAGAAAUCAUGCCUGACACUGUUGUGGUAGGUACUUUGUGACCCUUAGCAUUUGGCCAAUAGGAAAAGAAAGAAAGCACAGAGAGAGAGAGAGAAAAAAAGUAAUGCUAAAAUACAGUUUGAUUCGCGUUAAGCUUGGUCCAAACAGGUGUAACUUGUGUGGUGGUUACAACUUCAUAUUAUCCAAUUAUUGUUUCCUGGUGCAAUAUAUCAGAUCCCGUUUGAACAUUAUGUUGGGUGGUGUCGAAUGGUGAAUCACGUUUGAAUGAGUUCGAACUUUUCACCCAACAUCAGCCGACAUUUACUUUGUUAUUUCGUUGAUGGAUUAUAUUACAACAUGUUUGCAACGCUUAAAGCUUGGCAACAACAUUGGAAAUGCUUGCGCAAUUAUUCUUCACGCGUCAUUUAUACUUUUACACUUUGCACACAUAGUUUUCUCCACCUAAAAAUUUCUGUGCAACAAAUUUUAGUGAGUAUUCGGUUCGCUUAAACACCUCGCCCGACUCUAUUCAACACUAUCAAGCUUAACUGGUCCCAAUUUCCACAGGAAAACCUUAUAAAAUACUCUUUCUUAAUUAAUUGCCCUUGUGUGUUUCAUUGUUUUUCAUGUUUUUAAAAUCACCAAUCUUUCUUCCAGCGAUUCUUGGAUCAGCUUGUUACUGAGUCUGGAGAUCCGGCAAGUCAGAAUUAUAAGGUACUAUGGUUUACAUGAGCAAAUCAGAGGCUGUGAAGUUACAAUCGUGCUCUUGCAAUGCACUUUACAAGGUGUUUGAAUAACACUCUGAAGUUGCGUUUGACAAUCGUGUUUUAUUACUCAAAUUAUUUUAGUUUCAUAACCCUUAUUAACUUGUUUGGAACCAUUUAGUCAUUCCUCUUUUUUAUACUGCGCAACCUUACUAUGUAUCCUUGCUUUGCAAAGUGAAAUCUUUCCAUGAUGGCUGCAGCCGUCAAAGAAGAGGUAGAAUACGCUGUUUUCUAGGGUUUAAAAACUAGUUAUUAAAGAAGGCGAUAAAAGAGGACAGCAUGGUAGUAGGCCCCAAUACUUAGCAGGUACUGCACCCCUCUUUUAAUUUCAUCCUUUCUGUUAUUAUCCUGUACCUUUGAAUGAAAAAAGGACAAGCAAGAAAAUAUAACAUCAUUAACAUCAUUAUAAUUUCCGAUUUUCUUAGGUUACGUAUGACUUGGGUCUAAUUCAAGGAAUAUUUGAAGAAACGGAGGGCAGAGGACGAAAACGAACCAUGGAUUCUGGAGAAAAGGUAUAUCAAGGGUGUGUUAUGUCUACCAAGCAUUGAUAUCUCUGGAAUCAUUUUCUUAAGAAGGGAGGAAAGAAAUAAAUGCAAAAUCCCUGCUUUCUUGUCAUGGAAGCAAAAACAAAGACCACCUGAAAGAAAUUUGAUUCCAUCAUAGAUAAAGAGAACACCAGGCUUACUACAUAUAAAAUUUAUUUUUCAGACGCCUUCCAAAGAAGAAGUUAAUGUAAUCAGCAAUAAAAAGAAAAGCUCUGAGGAUAAACAGCAUCUGAGCUCUAUGGCUUUAAUAGAGGUAACAAGGAGUUAGAACGUGAUGCAUCAAGGUCGCCUCCAUUAUAAUUAUAUUGACGAUAAUUGUAAUCGAAAAUUUACUACAUUGUCAUCAUUGUAUCAUUAUAAUCGUACUCAAAAUUAUAGUCGGUUCAAGUUAACUUCAACAAUACCAUCACAAUCAUGAUCGUACGUAGUCAUCAUCAACAUCGACAUCAACAUCAUCAUCAUCAUCAUCAUCAAUAUCAUCAACAUCAACAUCAUCAACAUCAACAUCAACAUCAACAUCAUCAAAAUCAACAUCAACAUCAACAUCAUCAACAUCAACAUCGACAUCAACGUCAUCAUCAUCAUCAUCAAUAUCAUCAACAUCAACAUCAUCAACAUCAACAUCAACAUCAACAUCAUCAAAAUCAACAUCAACAUCAACAUCAUCAUCAUCAACAUCGACAUCAACAUCGUCAUCAUCAUCAUCAUCAAUAUCAUCAACAUCAACAUCAUCAACAUCAACAUCAACAUCAACAUCAUCAAAAUCAACAUCAACAUCAACAUCAUCAUCAUCAACAUCGACAUCAACAUCAUCAUCAUCAUCAUCAUCAAUAUCAUCAACAUCAACAUCAUCAACAUCAACAUCAACAUCAACAUCAUCAAAAUCAACAUCAACAUCAACAUCAUCAACAUCAACAUCAUCAAUAUCAUCAACAUCAACAUAUCAACAUCAACAUCAUCAACAUCAACAUCAACAUCAACAUCAUCAUCAUCAACAUCAACAUCAACAUCAACAUCAACAUCAUCAUCAUCAACAUCACCAACGUCAACUUCAACAUCAACUGCAUUAACAUCAAUAUCAUCAUCAUCAACAUCAUCAGCAUCAACAACAUCAACAUUAACAACAUCAACAUCAACAUCAUCAUCGUCUUCAUCAUCAUCAUCAACAUCAACAUUAUUAUCAUCAACAUCAACAACAUCAACAUCAACAUCAACAUAAUCAACAUCAACACCAUUAUCAUUAACAUUAACAUCAUUGUCAUUAACAUCAUUGUCAUUAACAUCAACAUCAACAUCAACAUCAUCAUCAUCAUCAUUAUCAUCACCAUCAGCAUUAUUAUCAUCAGCAUCAACAUCACCAUCAACAUUUCCAUAAGCUUUUCCAGGUGAUCUUUAGUUACGUAAACUAAAUAAUCACAUUAUCAUUAUCAUCGCUUUUAUCAUCCCAGUGUCAUUAUGCUUUUCAUGAAAUUAAAAGCUGUAUACCUGUAAGCUGUUAACAUUUUUGUUCUCUAAAUUCAUCCUAGACCAUGGCCAUUCAUCACCGAGAACGCUGCCUUACUCAUCCGAUUAGCUUUCAUUUGUUAAACACCAAAUGGUAAGUCCGUUCAUAAUGCUUUUCGUGAUCUUCAACCACUUCAAAACAUUUUUACCGCAAUAGAAUAUAUUACAGGAAGUUUUGUUGACAAAUAAAAUCAUUCUCACUUCUGACACACUUAUGGACAUCUUCUAGAGAAACAUUUGGUAUUUAUAAUUGAAUGAGCCGUAGUCAUUUUCAAUAAUUCUUCUUUAUACCAAAAAAAGCUAAAAUGGUAUCUUUAAUGGUUACAUGUUUUCAAGACUGUUGUUGGUAGUUAUGUUUCUUUAACCUUCGUUUUUAAAAAGAAAUGGGAUUCUCAGUUGCCCAGUUUAUGGUUUCACUCCGGUCAAGUCACCCACAAUGUUUUUAGGUAGCAAUAAUUAAUUUUAAAAAAAUAACAAUCUUAAUGACAAACCUUGGAGUAAUUUUUAUACUUCGUGUAUUUUUCAGGAAAAAGUUUGGCUGGGUUACAUUUGCAACCAACCUUUUCUUCUAUUUUUUGUUCAUUACACCGCUGACCACAUUAGCGGUAUAUUCACGCAUCAAUCAGGAUGAGCUAUGUGGCUUCAACCCUUCUGAUCCGAAUGAGGUUAGGCUACUAAAUAGGGAGCUUAAAGGAGCUGUGGCACGGCAGUCUAGUUCAUUUUGUUUAAUUUUGCCGAUUAAUCGCCCUCAAUCGCUAUGGAACUUAAAGUAAGCAAAGAAAUUAUAUGUAAAUGACAAAAUCAGAGAUCCGAGACAAACAAAUGUGUCUCCUGAGCAUUAUUUUUGAAGUUGCAAGCAGCAGGGAUCAACUUUGAAAAACUGUUGGGCUAAAUAGUUUUCAAAACCCUAAUCUCAAUCCGUUUCAGUCUUCUUCAUUUUUGCCCAUCCGUGGCAUCUGUUGUUCCUGUUAUGUCAUUUUAACCUUCCUUUAAUUAAGCGGUUACGUUAAAGUUUCUCUUAAGUGCAAAUCGCCGUUAUAAGGGUGAAGAAACUUAGCAACACAAAUGUGAGAGCGUCAAUGCAAGGCGAGAGUUAGCUAUAUUUAUUUUUAUCUUUCUUGUUAUAUUACCCUUCGAUAUUUAUUAGGUUACGAGUUCUUAAAUCCCCAUCAAAGCGUUUGCACUUUCAUAAAUAAUCCAAUAUAACCAAGUAUCGCUUUAUUCUUGUUUUUUUUUAGGACAAAGACAACUACAAUUGUACUUUCAGCAGCGUGGUAAGAGACGACGUUCAUGAAAUAGGCCAUUUACGAGUUCGUGAAAUUCUCACUUUCAAAACGAGGCUAAGUGCAAACCUUUCUUGUGACAAUGAGUUUUAUUUGCGUGAGAAUUUUUAAAAUGGCUCGCUCUUAGCCUCGCUUUGAAACAGAGGCUCAGGCUAACUCGGAAAUGACCUAUUCGUUCUUCUAUUUUCGCUUAUAAAUUAGACCGCGAGCGGUCGUCCUUCUUCUCUCAGAGCCACGCGCGGCGAGCGACAGGGUAAAAUGCCCGGCCACGCCUUUCGCCCCUCGCGCGUGCCCUCGUUUCCCGUGCUUUCAUUCUACCGGGUCUCAAAAGAUAAAUAAGAGACUGCUCGCAGUCAGGAGCCUAUAACCCUCCUGUCGCAAUCUAAUUAUAAAUAUGCAGAGUUAAAUUUACAUUAAUCCGUCCACUUUAAAAUCUUCCUUCGUUUACUUAAAUAGGUGGUCCAGGUGUUGAAUUACUUCGUUUUGGUCAUGGCGGCAGGUCAUCUCUUGAAGGAGAUUUUAUCCCUUUUUUCUCAGGUGAGGAGAAACAGCCCACUGACAUAGCUUACUACAAUCUUCAAGGCAAUAACUACAACAUGGCUGAAAUUUUGAGUUUCUGUCGUUAUUCACCAAAAGCGAGUGGAACUGGUGCUGAAAUGAGCCCGCAAUUGUUUCUGGGAUAGUUACUGGGGACGCGCCGGUCAGCUAUUGGUCAAUUUUUUCCCCUGUCCCUAGCAACAGUCUUUGCGAAAUUUAACUCGGUCCAGUUUCUUUCUCACUUCUAAAGUGUCAUAUUGUUAUUGUGUCCGGACGACAUUACAUGACUAGCAUCCAUUCAUUAAAUUUGCACUGUGUUAAGAGUCUUAACACAAUGCAGAUGUUAAGCACAUUGUCAGUUGGCAGCAGAGUUGGCCAUCCUUAGGUUGGGUGAACGACUGGGUCGCUGUUGUGUCCAACUGCAUUGUGGCACUGUUUCUGAGGCCCAAUUUGAAUCCCGUUUCCCGCGCAACUACAAAUUAAAAUAGCCAUUGAAAGAAGCGCUGACGUCCCCAAAAUAGUCCCAUAGUUCAGUUCGACACAACACCGACCUUCACCCUCAUCUCCGUCAAAUUGGUCCAUUUUCUUACUAACAACAUUCAAGGACUCGGGAGGAUUGAUAUUUGAACCAGCAAUUAGAAGUGUAAACCAGUAAUUUUGGUGCCGCUGGCCCAAGGUGAAUACCGAGCGUUUAAAGAAAUUAUAUUUAUAAGUAGAUAAAUCAAGAUUUUUAUGAUUUGAUUUACAAAGCUCUGUGUUUAAAGAUACUUAAUACUUAGCUUUUAAUCUUUCUUUGUGUUUUGAAUUAAAUCGUUUUAUCUUUUCACUGCAUUACAUUCAGCUGAUCAUUUUUAUCUAGCCUGUAACAUUAUAUAUGUCUUUUUAUCUAAUGAGCAAUAAAAUAAUUAUUUACUUUUUUGUUGAGUAAGUGUAGUGAUUUUUCAGUUGCCUUUACCCUGAAUCUUUGUCAUUUCUCCUAAUUCGCAGCGAAUGACAUAUAUUGAGGAUGUGAGUAACUAUCUGGAGUGGGUUUGUUAUAUAACGGCUAUUCUGUAUUGUAUACCGCCUUGUGACUGUCGAGCUGGUUUUAAGCAAGAAGUCGGCGCGAUCGCUUUGUUCUUCGGGUGGAUGAAUCUUAUUUUGUACUUCAGAAGGUAAGUUUCCAUAUUUGCCCUUAAAAAAAAUUCUCAACGCGAAGACUCUGUUUCAAAAUUCUAUUGUUCUCCUUCAUUACUUAGCAUUAGGUUCGGUACUUGUGAACAACGCUUGACCCAAGCCUAACUUUUCGAAAUAUUUACACAGCUAAGAAAGUUCAGGUCUCUGGUUGUGUCUGAUUUCUUGCGCCAAAAACUAAACCAAAUAAACCUAGACCUUUUACGACCUUUUAAGGGUGCACCUCUUUAAUCUUAGCUAUGCCUCAUAUUCUCAACUCUUUCGGCACGUUUUACGAGCGUAUCAUGCCUUAAAAACAUGACAAAGUCUUCCCUCUGUACGCUCAAUAUAAACUUCGCAAGAAAUAUUUAUCUUUAGCUUCAUUCAUUCUUCUAUUUUUGCAGGCUAAAACAGAUGUUGUUGCUCUUUUUUAGGUUGUCUUCUUAUGGGCAGUACGUUAUCAUGUUAUCCACCAUGUUUGUGACUUUGGUGAAGGUUUGUAGGUGGCAUCUGUUUCAAGUUUGUUUAUGACCAUUUUAAAACAUGAGAUAAUAGGGCCAUUUAUACGAGGAAAAAUAAGACGCGUCUUACAUAAGACGCGUCUUAAAUAAGACGCGAACUGUACCAUUUAUACGAGCAUGUCUUAUCUAAUAAGACGCGUCUUAGCUAAGCGGCGUCUUAUUUUAGACGAAAUGUGCCGUUUAUACGGAAAGUUCGCGUCUUAUUUAAGACGCGUCUUAUUUUUCCCCGUUUAAAUGGCCCUAAUGGUACAGCGAACACGAGAAGAUGUAUCCGGGAAGUGACAAGCGCGAGACAUUUAUGACGAAGAAAGCCAAGCAUAAAUUUCCACUACCCGCAUGUGAAUAGCUCCCUCCGUUAUAUUUAAUGUGAGGAGCCUGAGGAUCGACGAUAGGCCAAGAGUCACUCCCCAUUCACAUUCCAUUCUCCUACCUUUUCUCUAAAACAAGACAGUGAAGCCUACGGAGGAGGUCGCUUUCAUGUGAAGACACUUUACAUAACGCUCUAGGAAUAAUGUAGAUAUGAAUCUGAUCAUGAUAUGAGUAACAACUAACGGAUGCAAUUUUCUUUUACACAGGUUUUGCUUCUUUGGAUGUUGUUCAUCAUGGCUUUUGGAACAACGUUUUUGAUGCUGAUGGAUGAUGUAAGUGCUUGUUCCAAUGGGGGAAAAAAUAAUUAUAACCAAAACGUAACAAUGGUCCUAAUAAGUUUAAACGCUCCUUCAAGCACACUCACAUUGCAUUGUUUGAAAAGUCUGUGAAAAGUCAUUAGCGUUAUUAUGAGAUUUAAUUAAGCCAGCUCCAUUGCAAGACCCAAAUCUACGGUGUGUGCUGUUUGUAUCUUUUUUUCUUCAGCGCAACAGAAUGCGGCGCGUCUUCCUUGCCCCCUGAGCCUACGUGUAGCCGUACCCUCCCCCUGACAUAGGAAAAACGGAGAGAUGGGGAAGGAUGGGGGCGGGUGCGGCUACACGCAGGCUACCUCACCCCAAUCUUCUCGACGGCUUUUCCGGCUUGCGCUAAAAUGUUCCCGGAAUUCGCACAAGUGAGCCUGCUGGCAGGCUUCUUUAUCUUUAUUUUUCUUAUCGCAGGAACCGUUCGAUCAAUUUGGCACAUCCUUGAUGACCAUGUUUGUGAUGACCCUUGGAGAACUUAAUUACAGUGACAACUUUCUUGACAAAGAACUCAGUUUUUCUACUCUAGCCAACAUUUUAUUCAUCGUACUUGUUCUCGGAAUGCCAAUUAUCAUGAUGAACAUGCUGGUAAGUUCGUACGACAUUAGUUAGUUUACGCAACAGGACCAAGAAGAAGAGGCUUGUGUGUGACAAAGGUUACAUGGCUAUUACUUGCGUGUUUUGUCGGGAUCUUCCCUUGACAUUAAUGUUUUCUGGUCUUUUACGAAAAGAUCUGUUCAAAGGAAGGUGAAGUUUGCGGCACGUUUUUCCAACAAAAUCAUCGUCACGCUUGCCACACAAGGUUUGCCGUCUCCUUUCCUCUCCCGUCCUGUUGCGUAAGUUCACUAUUAUGAAUAACUUUGGUUUGAUUUCUGUACUAGCCUGAGUCAGUCAUGACUUCCUUAGGGUGCCUUCCUUCUUUUUUUUUUUUGGGGGGGGGGGAGGCGGGGAAGAUUGCAUGUGACGGAGGGGUAAGGGCGAACAGCGAGGGGGGUUUCUCUCUCCCUUUGCUCUAUCCCCUUUUUGCUUCUCUCUUCCCUCUUUACCCCAGAAAUUUCUAUAAGACGACAUCACAUCAUUAUGUGACUGCAGUGCGACUUUGUCUGUAGCGCAACUGAAGCACGAUACAAUACAAGUGUUUAACGAGUAUCUAAAGAUUGCUUAACAACGUAUCACGCGUGGCCACGCGUUACCAUGGUAGAAUGGCUACUGCAGGGAACCGUACAAAUAUUUUGGGGAAUCAUUUCAACUGGGUGCGCAAAUAUUAUGCGCAUACAGUGUGUGAAGAGUGAAGAGUGAUUUCGUAAGCGUUAAUAGUGAUUGCCUCAUCGUCACGGGCAAUUGUGUGAUCGUUACCAAAGCAAAGGCAUUAGAACUGUGUGCACAUAUGAGUAUAACAUGCAUGGAUAUGGAGAAGAGGUACAAUUGCAGUACGAAGAUGCGUGGUUCUACUACUAUAAUUUUUCCGACACUCUCUUCAACUACUGCAAAAUUUGAUUUCUCCUUUGAUAUUUUAGGUUGGUUUAGCCGUUGGAGAUAUUGACAAGAUUCAACAGAAUGCUUUGAUGGAUCGUUACGUCCUACAGGUAGCGUUUUGUGAAUUUUGCAACAGGAAGUACCACGGCAGUAGCUAUCAUUUCAAUGGUUACAAGGCAGGAACUUUUGCAAAAAAUUUAAAACUGGCUUAGAGCCAACUUGUACGGGAUAGUAAAAGAACCACAGGAACGUACUGCACAGUAGCUUUUAUUUGUAUGGUUACACUUCAGUAUUUCACACACAAAUUCAAAGUUAGGAACCACCUUGUACAGCAUAAUAAACUUUAAAACAGGGUGAAAUACUGCUCAUUAUCAUGAUUCCAUCACAGGUUCGACUGCUUGUGGAGAUAGAGAAUUCCCUCCCAAAGUUUAUUUUGAAGAGAGUACAAGUAUACUCGCACACCGAGUUUCCGAACCAACGCAAGACACUCAAACAAGUGGUAUGUGAAAGGGACAGUAUUUACAGGUCACAUGCUAUGGCCUACAUACUUAAAAUAAUAGGGGACUGGGAACAAGUCAGUUAUGUCGAUGUUACAGUGAUAUGGGCAUCCCUGCGUUUUAGGCAUCCCCAUUCCCAAAACCCUAGUGAUAUGGGCAUCCCCUUUAACCCUAACUUUAACCCUAACCCAGAUCGCUAAGGUAAUAUGAAAAGGGAAUGCCCAUAUCGCUGUAACUUCGCUACUCCGACGCUAUAAACCUCAGGGCAUUCUCGUCCCCAGAGCCUCAUGGGGACCUGAGCAGGAGAACGGGACUGGGUACACGUUUUUGGCCCAAACAUUUCUGAGAUCGAUUGGGUGGAGAAAACAAGCAAUGGUUAACGGUUGUCUUUAGCUACCUUCCUCCAGUCAUAACUUACUCCUUUCCACUGACCCAUUCGAAGAAUCCUGCAAGCGCCUCACUGUUCCAUUUUUCAUUAUUUUACCUUCAUCCUUUCCCAUGACAACCCGCCCGCCUCAAUUUAACCUAAAUCUCCUGUCAACCCUAAAACACAUAAAAAGUGACACAGUACGAGUCUGAUUGGUCUGUAUGAAAGUGGUUGCUGAGUUAUCUCAAAAUCGUUUUCCAAGGGAUAUACAAAUUUAAAACACAUACGAAAAAGGACGAUUAAGUAAAUUGGACCAUUCAGUAAAUUACAACUUAACCUUCGGCGCGACAGUUUGCUUUUACACCUGUCAAACUUCAAAUGUUUGGCGGCAAAACACGUUCAUCUUUGGCACCCUAUUACAACAUGUUUUCUUGUCUCGUGUUCACGUUUAGAUGCAACCGACUAAUGCCUCCCCCAUCAAAAUACAAGACCGUACUUCUUUAGAAUUCUAGCUUUUGCAACAUCACUUUUUAUCUGCUUUUUAUCCAUUUCUUAACUUUAUUUAUUCUCUCGCUUAAGUUGGUAGAUGGACUCAUUGGGUUCAAUAAACCUGAAGUCGCAAGAGAAGAGGGGCAAAAAGGUGAAAUAUCACCGCAAAUGUUAAAGGUUGUGGAUCGAAUUGAGAAGCAAGACGCAAAGUGA